ACCAAAGGCUAAGUCUUGAAAACAUGAUUCCUGCAACUAUUCACAGUGUCCUGAGUGCUCUAUAUUUAUGCUGCCACAGAAAGAACUGGUUACACUCGGAGGAGAAACACCAGAAACACUAAGGACUGAAAUGCGCUUGCAGUUAAAGUAUCCUCAUCAUGAAUAGGUACACAACUAUCAGACAGCUCGGUGAUGGCACCUACGGCUCCGUCCUCCUAGGGAGAAGCGUUGAAUCCGGAGAGCUAAUUGCCAUUAAAAAAAUGAAGAGAAAGUUUUAUUCCUGGGAGGAAUGCAUGAACCUUCGAGAGGUUAAGUCUUUGAAGAAAUUAAAUCAUGCCAAUGUAGUAAAGCUGAAAGAAGUUAUCAGGGAGAAUGAUCAUCUGUAUUUUGUGUUUGAAUACAUGAAGGAAAAUCUUUAUCAGUUAAUGAAAGAAAGAAACAAACUGUUUCCUGAGUCUACAGUGAGGAAUAUCAUGUAUCAGAUCCUGCAAGGGCUUGCAUUUAUCCAUAAGCAUGGGUUCUUUCACAGAGACUUGAAACCUGAAAACCUCCUUUGCAUGGGACCAGAACUUGUGAAAAUAGCAGACUUUGGAUUAGCCCGAGAAAUCCGAUCAAGACCUCCUUACACCGAUUAUGUAUCCACAAGAUGGUACAGAGCCCCUGAAGUCCUUCUGAGAUCCACCAGCUAUAGUUCUCCAAUAGAUAUUUGGGCUGUUGGUUGUAUAAUGGCAGAAGUUUACACGCUGAGGCCUCUCUUCCCAGGCGCCAGUGAAAUUGAUACUAUAUUCAAAAUUUGCCAGGUCUUGGGGACGCCAAAGAAGAACGACUGGCCUGAAGGCUACCAACUUUCAGCCUCUAUGAGUUUUCGCUGGCCUCAGUGUGUGCCUAACAAUCUAAAAACCCUCAUACCUAAUGCCAGCAGCGAAGCGGUGCAGCUCAUGAGAGACAUGCUGCAGUGGGACCCCAAAAAGCGGCCGACAGCUAGUCAGGUUUGGUUCUGUUUUCUUUUCUCACAUUUACAUAUGAUGCUUCCUUUCAAUGCAAGACAACUUUUAUAG